GCCGCUGACGUCAGAGACCAAUGGCUGCGGCCGCAGCUGCGGCGCUGGAAUCCUGGCAGGCGGCCGCUCCGCGGAAGAGGCGCUCCGCGGCUCGACGGCCGCGGCGGAGGGAGGCGGCGCCCCGGGGCCCCGAGGCGGAGUUCGAGUCUGACAGCGGAGUCGUGCUUCGUCGCAUCUGGGAGGCUGAGAAGGACCUGUUUAUCUCUGAUUUCUGGAGUUCAGCACUAGGGUCAGAACAUGCCCUCUAACUGCAUUUGGGGGCCUGCUCUUUCAGAAACCAUCAAUAGAUGUCUCACAAAACAUCUGGAACAACUGAAGGCCCCUGUGGGGACUCUUUCAGACAUCUUUGGAAACCUGCAUCUUGACUCAUUGCCAGAGGAGUCAGAUGUGGCCACUGAUUCUAUCCCAAGAGAGACCUUGGUCACAGGAACCUGCCAUUUGAAGUGUGUGUGUUACGGCAUUGGGAACUUUGCCACCUGCAUCGUAGCUAGAAACCAGCUAACGUUUUUGCUGCUUUUGUUGGAAAAGUGCCAGAUUCCCAGAAGUCACUGUUGGGUAUAUGACCCUCUGUUUAGCCAACUUGAAAUUGAAGUCCUUAACACCCUUGGUGUGACUGUUCUCAGUGAGAACGAGGAAGGGAAACGGAGUAUUCGCGGGGAGCCUACCAUCUUUUACAUGCUCCAUUGUGGGACGGCCUUGUACAACAAUCUUUUAUGGAGUAACUGGUCAGUAGAUGCCCUUUCUAAGAUGGUCAUCAUUGGGAACAGUUUCAAAGGACUUGAGGAGAGGUUGUUGGCAAGGAUUCUGCAGAAAAAUUAUCCCUACAUUGCAAAGAUUUUAAAAGGACUGGAGGAGCUUGAGUUUCCUCAGACUUCACAAUACAUGGACAUAUUUAAUGAUACCUCUGUCCACUGGUUCCCUGUGCAAAAGCUAGAACAGCUCUCCAUAGAUAUUUGGGAGUUUCGGGAAGAACCAGAUUAUCAGGACUGUGAGGACCUUGAAAUCAUCAGGAACAAGAGAGAAGAUCCUUCUGCUACUGACUGAACUCGCUGUGAGGUACUCAGUGUUGGCUGAGGUAGAAGCUGCCACCAGAGACUAAAGGGAAGGCUGCCAUGGAGGAACUACAGAGAACUCCUUUGCCAGGAAAGAACGUCAACUUGGCUGUCCUGUUUUGAGGACGAUACCCCACAUGAGGACUUGGUAUAAAGAUUCCUGCACUACGUGGCAUUGUCCCGUUUUACAUCCUUCCCUCAUGACCUGGCCUGAUGUGGAGUAGCUCCUGAGCAAAGAAGUUACCCUUUUGAAGGUGAUCUAAAAAUACUGUUUAUUUACAGUACAUCCCUCUCAGGGGCAAGUCUCUGACUGGUUCUGGACCUGCCACAGUUCACUUGGCCAUGUCGAUCAGGCUCUGCAGUGAGGUGGGCACCCACGUCUUCUCACCCUGGACAAAGACCACUCCCCGGUCGAUGUAGAUCACAAUGCGGCCAAAGGUGUAGAGCUGCUUCCCUUCGUGUCGCUUCCCAAUGACGGGCAUGAAGACAAUGUUGUGCUCCUCAGCCUUGGUCUCAAUGAGGUCCUUAAAGUUCAUGGGCACAGAGCUAGCGGCCACGCCAAUGCCCCUCUGAGCCAUGUUCUCAGCCUCCCGCCUCUCCUGCAUGGCCUCGUACUGGAAGUCCUUCCUCCGCUCCGUGUGGGUGAGAUAGGCAAUGUUCUCCCGUGCUCCUGGCUGCAUGUAGGCACCUAAGAUACAGGAGGACAGGGCGGUGAGGAGAGGUGUUUCCAGGUGUAUGGAAGUUGACACUGUGGCUUGGCCCAGGUCUUGGGUGUGCCAGAGUGCUUGUGACUCACUGAAGGGCAGCUCUGCCUCAAAGAUACAACUUUGGAGGAAGUUUAGACGACUGGCCAAUAUCACAUAAAAACUGUUCAGAAGGUUCCUGGCUAGUAUCUAGUAACCAGAUUAUUAAUAUUCAACAUUUUAAAAUGAAGUAUCUGCAAGGGAUUUCUUCCUUCAGAGCUGGAAACAUUAACAGAGAGUCCUCAGCCACUCUUCUGUUCCCACCUUGCUCUGUAGAGUUUCCACUUCACACCACCAAAGAGGCAGCUUUUAGUACCUUGAAAACAUAGGGCCCACACUGGCUUUAUUUUUAACCUACCCACACAGGCCCCCCAUCCUGAAAGAAGUUCACAUAUAUUUAGGGAGCUGAAAUGAGUGUUUAAAGGAUAAUACCAAGACCAUAAAUGCUAAGUGCUAAUUGAGGGGUAUAUUCAGGGAACAGUUUUGGAAACAUGAGGCCAAGGGUAGCUAAGGAAGAGUUUUUAGAAAAAACUUGAUAAUUACAGAAGCAGAGAAGUAUAUUUGCCUUAUUACUUAAUCUCUGUUUUCACAGAAUAGGCUAUUUUUCUUUUUUUUUUUUGAGACCGAGUCUCGCUCUUGUCACCUAGGCUGGAGUGCAGUGCUUGCAAUCUCGGCUCACUACAACCUCUGCCUCCCAGGUUUAAGCGAUUCUUCUGCCUCAGCCUCCUAAGUAGCUGGCAUUACAGGCAUGUGCCACCGCGCCCGGCUAAUUUUUGCAUUUUUAGUAGAGACGGGGUUUCACCAUGUUGGUCAGGCUGGUCUCGAACUCCUGACCUCGUGAUCUACCCGCCUCGGCCUCCCAAAGUGCUAGGAUUACAGGCGUGAGCCACCGUGCCUGGCCUAGGCUAUUAAAUAACAAGAAUUAAAGACUCAGGAAAUAGAAAUUCCAGUUCUAACUGCCACCCUUUAACUAUGUGACCUUGAACAGGCUCUUAGCCUCGCUGGGCUUAUCUGUAAAACACAGACUAGAUGAUCCCAUUUCAAUGCUGUGAAUCGGCUAAUGAGCAACACUGGAGCACAGGACUGGUUGAAAUAGGCUCCCAAAUGUAGAAACAUAAACAUACUCUCACUUACUUAUGAUCUAGGCAGAAUGACUUACCUAGAACUUGGGAAUAGAUAUAGUACACGAACAGUGAACUGCCUGUUUUUGACAACACAGACACCACCUAUUGAAGGCUAUACACAAGCAUGAACUCACUUUCCCUUUUAGCCUAUAAAGUAGAUCUUACUGUUUAACAGGUAAAAUGGGGCUGAUUAAGGCUGAGCAAUCACCAAGUGUCAGACCGUGUGCCGAACUCCACACUGUAAGAUGCGUCACCUAAGCAGCAUGCUCAGGCCUGAAUGAGCCUUAAAAGGCCACACAGCACAGUGGUUAAGAGGGCGGGGCCUGGGGUUAGACUGACAUCAUCUGAAUCCAGCUUAAGUCAGUCUCCACUCAGGCAAGAUGCCCCUCUCAGUCAUGGUAGACCUGGGCAGUGGGUGCCAGCUGACCAUGUACCCCAAUCAGCAGGGUGAGAGUCUGUUGCUAUGUGCAAAAGUGUGACCUAAGGUUUAGGCUGCCUACAGGAACCAGAAAACUCUGAUUCUGUGUCAUUUACAUGUGUAAAAUCUGAAACUCGGGGCCAGGACAUCCAAAAUGGGAAUCCUCACUUACCAACGUUGGAGGACACCGCCCGGUUCAUGAUAUCAAGUGCCUCAUUAAAUUUGUCCUUGACAGAUGGAUGUGCCAGCACUUGGUCUGAGAACAUCGACUUCCAACCCAGGUACCACUUGGUGAUCUCCUCAUAAUUUGGGCUGUUACUGAGCCAAGAGCACAGCACCUGCCAAAAAGAAAAAUUACUUGCAUCCAUCGUGGCAACAAAUGAAGGCAAGAUUUCUGAAGUGGCCAUUUGUUUUGUUUUGAUCCUGGUCCUACAGGCUAGUGACACUACUUUACAGGGAUUUAUAGUAGCUAAACAGUCUAGCACUUAUGAAUAUGGAUUUUGGAGUCAGCCUGGUAGCUAAAGUGCCCUUGCAUGUAAACUCUCUGAGCCUCAGCUUCCAUGUCUACACAACAGGGAUACCAUAUCCCCUACCCCAUAGGGUUGCUGAGAGUAGCUGAGAUAAAGCAAAUAAAGUGCUUGGAACAGCUUCUGAUACAUGGCAAAUGUCCAAUAAAUGGUGCCCACUAUGAA